CUUGAUUCUGAUUGGCUGAGCUCGUUCCGCUGCUGAUGUGGUGUUCUGAGGUUAGCGAGUGUGCUAUCCGCUGCUUAAUUCAAAAAGUGUUGUCAAAAUAAUAUUGACGUAACUUUAUUACAAUAAUGCCUUACUAUCAAACUUGGGAGGAGUUCGCUCGUGCGGCAGAGAAGUUGUACCUGGCGGAUCCCAUGAAGGUCAGAGUGGUUCUCAAAUAUCGGCACUGCGACGGUAACCUUUGCAUUAAAGUCACCGAUAAUGCAGCGUGUUUACAGUACAAGACGGACCAGGCCCAGGACGUGAAGAAGAUCGAGAAGCUCUAUGGAAAACUGAUGAGACUCAUGGUGUCCAAGGAAACGCACAGCAGUGCCAUGGAGACGGACUAAAAAGCCUUGGGAACUGGGUUUUUGGGGCACAUGGACUGAGUCCAGUGGACUCUGUGGAUAUUGACCACAUGUGAGCAUCAGAGUGGGAUGUGGAGUCUGUGAGAUGUUGAAGAAAGAACCUGGUGAGGUGCAUCUGUUUGCCUAUACCGAUGGAUACCAUCAGAGCGUGCCUACAUUUACUGUACACGAGGGAUUCUCUGAGGAUUUUGGUUUUAUUUCUUUCAGUCAGUUAAAUAUCCUGAUUUUUCUUUUCAGAAACAAUCACUUCUGAUGCUUUUAGUUUCAAGUAAGCUCAGUGUAGGUGUUGAAAUGCUUGAGGAACUGUAAAACUGUAAAGUGAAAAGGGCGUGUGGGUUUGGAUCAAAUAUAAAGUUCAUGAUCUGCGUUUAUUUAGUUUAAAAAAGCACAUUAGAAAGACGGCAAGAACAUUUUGUCU